CCGGACUGCACAGGAGCGGGCGAAUUUGAAAGUGUAAUUGUCGGGUGUGGACCGGAACCUUUCCCCGGGCCAUGGAGGACAUACCCGUCACCGAGGCCGAUCUCCCAGCGGGCAGCGACCCGGACUUACGGCGAGGUUUGUUCCAAGAGGGAUACGAGAGCGCGAGUGACUACGGCAGCUGCAAGAAGCUCGGGAAAUCGGUGCCGCACUUCACAUCAACCGGGAACGUGCUGUUUCCUGAUGUAUUUCAGACCAACAACCUUCUGUUCUACGAGAGGUUUGAGGCGUAUAAGGACUAUCUGCUCGGCGAUGGCAAGCCAUCAGAAGUCGAAGAAUUCAUCGGUGAAUACGUAGAGAAGGCUAUAGAGCCGACGGGCUGGAAGGCUGUCUGGCACACGGAUAUCUUCGACGUUCUGGUGGAGGUGACAGAUGUGGACGCGUCCAGUCUGAAAGCCGUGGUGCGGCUGUGCGAGCCGCUGCUGUCUGAAUCCCGGGUCAGCGGCGUUGGCGCGGAGGGCAUUGGAGACCUGCUGGAGGUUAAGGACCAGAAGGUUCCUCUGCAGGAGCUUUACGUGGUGUUUGAUGAUUCAGGGGACUUUGAUCAGACGGCGCUCGUUGUCGAGCAUGUGCGUUUUUUCUACCAGCACAUCUGGCGGCCGUGGGAUGAAGAGGAAGAUGACCGCUUGGAUUUCUUUGUCCGCUGCGUUGAGCCUCGUCUGCGUCUACAUUAUGACAUCCUGGAAGAUCGGAUCCCAUCAGCGCUCGUGUCGGAAUAUCACAAGCUUCUCUCGGAAUGUGAGGAGGUUUACGCGCGGUUCACCAACCUACGCAACAGUUUAUCCAACAAAGAUUCCGACUCGGACUCGGAACUGGAUAACGUGUCUAUGGUGGAGGGGAUGAAGAUGGAUGACCAGAUGGAGAAUUUGAAAAGGAAGCUCAAACUGAUUGAAAACCCUCUCCUAAGAUAUCUGUUCUGUUAUCAGAGAAACUCCGGCUCGCACAGCGUGAAAGCCAAAGGACUUCGCCAGGCGGGUGGGAGAGUUAUUCAUAUCGUAUCCACAACGAUGACCUUCGCCACCUUACAGGACCUAAUGACGGAAAGACUUCAGCCUGAGAACAGCAGCAGAAAUGUAGAGAUUCAGUUUCACAGAGACCCGCUGGAAGCAGUUAACGCGUGCUACGAGGGGGACCUUGUCAUUAUCUGUCCCGGCCGAUAUGAGGUUUAUGGCGUGAUCGGCAUCGCAGACUCUAUAGAGCUAGAAGGAUACGGUCUGCCAGACGAUGUUGUUAUAGAAAAAAAGGGCAAAGGGGACAGUUUUGUCGACUGCACCGGAGCCCACGUCAAAAUCUCCAACGUGAAAUUUAUCCAACACGAAGGAGUAGAAGGCAUUAUAAGUGUCCACAGUGGGAAGGCAGAGCUGGAUAAUUGUGUUUUACAGUGUGAGACGUCGGGAGUCACGGUGAAGAACUCUGCGGAGCUCCUGAUGAAGUAUUGUGACCUGUAUGGUGCCAAGGGAGCAGGAAUAGAGAUCUACCCCGGCAGUAACUGUAUAUUGACUGGAAAUGGCGUUCACCACUGCCGCGACGGCAUUCUCAUUAAGGAUUUCAUCGAUAUUGUUUACGACACCCCCAAAAUAAUCAUGGAGAACAACGUCAUACACAAUAACGAGGGUUACGGAGUUGUCUUGGUGAAGCCUGCAGCCACCUUAGACGUGUUGAACGAAGAGCCAGAAGAGUCUGAAGGUCACAACCCUGAAGAGAAAGCAAAGGAACACGAGGCUCCGUUAGACGUGCUCCUUCCACCGCUGGAUAUUGAAGCUUGUGACGUGGCAGAUGAGCAGAAAUAUACUGCCUCUGUAGGCCAGGAGGAAGCUGAAGGCAAUCACGCCAUCACAAAUGAACUAGUCGCUAAUUCAAGACGGAAAAUUGUAAUGAAGAAAAGGCUGAGCACCCUGGGCAUCACCAAAGCAGAUGACGACAAACUGACGUCCCAAGAGAUGUUUGUCUCCAUAGUGGGGAACCAAUUCAAACGCAACGGAAAAGGCAGCUUUGGUACCUUCCUCUUCUAACGCCAUGCACAGACGUUACACGCAGCGUUACACACUUUUUACAUUUUCUAUAUUUAUUCACUGAAAAGGAAUUGCACGUGUGUGUAUAUACCCGAGCGU